AUGAAAUCGGCAUCUCAUAUUCUCCAGGUCCUCGCGGGUCGGGGCAGCGGAUCGCGGUCGUCAACAUGUGCAAGCGCGGUAUGCGAUCCAUCACUACACCAGCAGCGGUUCUCGUGCCGCGACAUUGAGUAUUUGUUGGAGUUGACUCCGGUCAGCGCUCUCCUGCAUUCGCACGCCAAGGUUCUGGUUGUAGAAUCCGCGCUGCCGUUGUACGCAUGUUUAAAGGCUAUGUCCGAAUAUGAGCAGGAGUUUGCGCUUGUGUACGAUUCGUGCUCUCUGGAAUUCUUAGGUUAUUUUGACGAGUUGAUGUUUCUGCAUCUGUUGUUAUCGGGGGAUUUUUCGUGCAUUAGUUGUUCGGGAGGGGAAUACUUACGAAAUCAUGGUAAACACACGUUCUGCAAGGUAGAGGAGGACUGUUCCGCUAGAGAUGCAUUGCCAUGUAUGUUAAAUCAAAGUCCUCAGCGCCUGUGCGUUUGGUCGCACAAAAGGGCUGCUCCUAUGGGCUUCGUGACUGCGAGGUGCUACCUGGGCUACAUCACUAAACACCUUCGUGGCUGUCGCGAGCGCGGAGGAAGGAAGCUGGAGGAUGUGCUCUCCUCGGAAGAAUGCACACCAGUCACUGAGGACAGCUCGCUUCGCGAAAUAAGCGAAAUCCUGCUGUGCCAAGAUGAAACUACCGUGUUGGGUUCCGACGGUUGCGUUAUCGGUAUUUUGAACCGCGGAAUGAUCGUACGAUACGUAUUGGCAUUGUUGCGGAACAAGGUGAAGGAUAGCUCUUCACUAUUGGAAGCAUUGCCAGAGCUGCUUGCGUCUAAGAAUGGCGCUAUCUUAAGUAUCGACUGUCCUUCCGGCGGUCAUCGCGUGCUGACUGUCUGGGAUGUGUUGCGGCACAUGUUGUACCAAUUGUAUAAAAAUGCAAUGAUUACUGCAUUGUACAUAUGUUUCCUGCGUUUGUUCUGCGUUGUACUGUGUUCCGGCGUACGUGAUGUGAAGGUAGAGGAACACGAGGGCCGCGGCAAGUCCGCUGUGGUCCGCGGCGGCGUGACAAUCCCGCUGCUUACUAUUGCGCGCGACGAGGGGGAGGGCUCGCUGAUUCAGUUUGAGGGCAAUUCCUCCUACACCCUCGGUGUGGAUUCCCUGGGCAACUUUGCUAUAAGCGCCGGCGACCAGCCCAUGCUCGUCAUAAGCAAUGAGCAGAAUAUAUCGUUUCACAUGGACAAUCUGUCAGUACGUUCCGUCGACUUCGGUGGUGACCUAGUCGUGGAAGGUGUAUCGCAAUUUAAAAUGAUUUGGCGUGAAUCGUUUGUCGAUGCGCGGGGAUGGAACGGCACAGUUUCAUCUUGCGCUGGGAUUCCUAUGCUCGGUGGCUUCAAGUUGUUCGGAAGGGGUUGGGUGCAGAAAACAUUCAUUGAGUUACCAGUGCACCGUGAAUUGCGGAUAAAGGCAUCAUUUCACUUCCUUGACCAAUGGGCAGGAGAGAGUGGGUACAUGAAGCUGAACACGUCAUCGUCUGCACCGCUGGAAUAUGUUUGGACAGAUAUUCACGCUGAACAUUCCACUACGGGCAUAAACAUUUGCGGAGGUGAGACUCCUGACUCCAAAUUCGCCGUGCCAAUUGAGGUUACGAUACCUCACAGCUCCGAACGCUUUACAAUAGAGUUUGGCAGUACGUUGGAAGGCGACGCCGUUCAGCAGUCCUGGGGCGUUUCUGGCCUGGAGAUAUACGUGCGCUAA